UGACUUGACUCAUCUUAAAUUAUCAUUUUAUUAAUUGAUACACAAAACUUCCGCCUUUCCUUUUCCUCCCUGAAAAAUAAAAAUAACCCGCAUAAUUGCGGUCUGCACUCAUCCGCUGCUUCUCUUCGAUCGCCGCCUGGACUCUAUGGAUCCCUCCGGCUUCCGCCCCUCGCCGCGGCAGGAGAUACAGCUCAAAGGCCCCCGCCCGUCGGCUCUCAGCCUCAAGGUCAGCAAGGACUCCCACAGCAUCAGGAAGCCCGCCGCCGCCGCCGCCGCCGCCGCGCCGAGCCGUGACCCGGUCAUCAUCUACUCUGUCUCCCCGAAGAUCAUCCACGCCGAGCCGGGGGAGUUCAUGACGCUGGUCCAGAGGCUCACCGGCGCCACGCUGCCGUCGCCCGGCGCCUGCGCCGGCGCGCUCUCCCCCGCAGCGCGCAUCGCCUCCUUCGAGAAAGCCUCCCCGCCCGCGUCCGCGCUCGUCGAUCUGGAGCCGGAUUGCGGUCCGGCGCUGGGCCGGCUGGGCGCCUUCCCCGGGAUCCUGUCGCCCGAGCCCGCGGCGCUCUCGCCGAUACCGCCCAACCUCUUCUCGCCCUCGUUGUUCUCCCCGGAAUCGAGUCCUGCUUUCGCCGACGAUAGCCCCACCAAUGUCGGCUACAACUUCCUCACUAGCCCUAGCAGCAAUUUCCUCUCAACACCUACCGUUCCUUCUCCCGGAACCUUCUGGGAACUCCUACACCAGUUCCCCGAUUUGAUCGAGAAAUCAAUAUAAAAAAAAAUAUCAAAUCAAAAUCAAAAUCAUUGUGACCAGUAGCCGAUGGCUUGCUCUGUUUAUGAAACUAUACAGAGAUAUAUAUUUGAAAGCAUCUUCAGAAAAUAUAUAUUUUUUAAGAAUUUUCAAUGUCUGUACUUUUAUAAAAAGAUUAUUUUUGUUAAAAAAAAUAAUCAUAAAGGUAGUAGAUGAAGCCAAAUGGAUAA